AUGAGGAACGGCGAGGACCUGGAAGGCUUCGAUGGCGAGGCGUCCAGCACCUCCAUGAUCUCCGGGGCCAGCAGCCCCUACCAGCCCACCACCGAGCCCGUCAGCCAGCGCCACGGGCUGGGCGGCCUCCGCUGCGACCUGGACUAUCUGCGGGGCGCCUUCGGCAAGAUCAAGAUCGCCGAGGUGGUUUUGGCACUGAUUGCAUUCAUCUGCAUAGAGACCAUCAUGGAAUGCUCCCCUUGCCAAGGCCUUUAUUUCUUUGAGUUUGUGAGCUGUAGCGCAUUUGUAGUUACUGGAGCUUUAUUGCUUAUGUUCAGUCUAAAUCUUCACACAAGAAUACCACAGAUCAACUGGAAUCUUACAGAUCUUGUCAACACUGGACUCAGCACUUUCUUCUUUUUCAUUGCAUCUGUAGUACUUGCUGCUUUGAACCAUAAAACUGGAGCAGAAAUUGCUGCUGUGAUAUUUGGUUUCUUGGCGAUGAUAGUGUAUGCUGUGAAUAUGUAUUUAGCUGUUAAAAAAUGGCGAAUGAACAGCAGACAGCAGAACAGCCGGCAGACAAGUGAUUACAUUCGUGCUCGGACAGAAUCAAGAGAAGUAGAUCACCACCCUGAGAUUCAGCGUCUGGAUGCGUGAAAACUACGGCUGAGUGGGACUGCAAAGAGGGGAUAGAAAACAUCAACGUUUUAUUUUGUCUCAUCAAGUGAAGUUUAUAUAGUUUGAAGUUUUCAUUUUUUAGGAAGAGUCUUGGCAGAGAUAAGCUGACCAUUUAUAUGUACAGAGAGAGAAGUCGAUCUACAUUUAUUCAGAAGCUAUUGGCUUGAAGGCUAUAAUUAUUGGUCAUUCAAAAACAUGAUCUAUAUACAAUGAUUACAUAUAUAUCUGAUGUAUGUUAAUAUUUUAGAUUAAACAUCUGUAUAGUACUUCUUCUUUCCAGGUACCAGCUCUAGAGAGACAUGCAUACUCUACCACUAUUUCAUCACCCAGUAGGAAUGUUAUGAUCAACACUAUAUUGUUCUGUUAAAAGAAAGAAAUCCUCCAAAACUUAAGUACAUUUUAUUGCAUAUGAAAAGAAAGUGAGGGACAAAUAGCAAUAACAUAAGCCAGCUUUAGCAUACACAAACACUUUAUACACUUCCUCAUGCAGCUUUGCCAAUGCAAUUCACUUCUCACCUGCAAGACCUCCCACAGUUCCAUCCUUGGUGCAUUUUGCAGCUGAGACAGGCAAUUACGUCAGAUAUUUGGGCUGGUGGAUUGGUGAUAUGGACAGACGCACUAUGGACUAUACCAAAACCACCAAACUCAUUUCAUGUAUGACCUCAACCAGAUUUUGAAAUGGGGCUCCUACCUGUGAAAGACUAGCACUUUCACCUGCUGCACAGUCAACACAGCCCAACACUAGUAUGUAGGUAUCUACUCGUCUUUGAAUAUGUAUUACGUGAUUUUCAUUCAUUAAAUACUUUUGGGGGGUUUGUCAAGUAAUAGACUCUACACCCCAAACAUGGUUCAAUUUUAAUCCGAGGUUUUGUCAUCUGGGAAUUUUAAGGAAAUCAGGAGCCACCAAAAAUGCAUGAUGUAUAUAUUGUAGGGUAUUCCAAGACUACGGAGUUGUGUUUUGUGUAGGAUAAAUACAUUUUAUGGCAUAUUCUGGUUUUAGAUUGGUUGUUCUGUUAAAUUAAAAUUGGUUGGUAGUAGAUAAAAUAAUUUGGUUUAAUGCCUAAAUUGGGCAUAGCUAUAAAACAUUUUUAUAAUGUUCCUUUGAAGCUAAUUUUAGGUAAUGAGGACAUAUGGGUGGUUCCUGUUGUUUUUCUCUGUUUGCUUCUCAUGUUUACAGACCAUUUUCCUAGCUCAAAUUUUCUCACUUCCAUUGAACUUUCAGUGAAGAGAAGACUAUAUUCUCUGGUUAGAGAACUUGAAUUCUGCAAUAAUAUGUCUAGAACCUCAGUCAUAAUUUUAUUAGGGAAACUUCACCAAUAUCUUAUAUGCUCUGUGAUUCAUGUGUGUCCCAUGUAAUAAUGGGUUGGCAUAUGGACAUGUGUUUACAACAGCUUUCUCAUUUAUUGUAGAUGGGAACACAAUACCACGCCACCCCCUAGUGGAGUCAAGAUAUAAACCUGAUGUACAUGAGUAAAAUCUUCAUGGAAGUCAGUGAAGUUGUAUACACUCACACCAGAUCUGAGUUCAUUCCACAGACUUUUAGCAUUGUAUUCAUGUGUAACUAUUCCCAAUAUGGGUUGAUGUUUACACCAAUACAUAGUUGGAAUCAUAAAUAUAAGACACUAUUAAGUCAAUUUUAAGUGAAAAAUGUAGAUUUUUUUUUUCCUAACAGAGUUUUACCAGUCCUAAUGUUAAUAGAAAUGUUUACAUGAAACUUUAUUUUUGGAAUUCCAAACGAAACAGGGAAGGCUCUAGAUUUGAACAUUCUGCACUGUUCAUUUCUCAGGCAAAGCAAGACUUGUGCUGAUGCAUGAAAACCAGAAAGUGGAACUGUUUCUCUUUUGUCAUUCUCCAACGUGUUUGCUCUUUGCAAUCAUUCCACAUAAACUAGAUUUUUCUAAAAUUCUGUUUUAAUAAUUAGAUUAGAGGAAAUUGAUGGGUUUUUUAAAAUCUGAUAGCGGUCUUUUUAUCAUAUUAUCAUAUUUAAUGUUAGAUUUUACAUUUCACUGAAAGUUGUAACUGAAGGGAGUGCUGAGUUUAGCGUCUAAUCUAAUAGUUCAAGUUCUAAUGAUCCUCUAGAGUGGUUAAGAACAUAGCCAUUUUAUUAAUUAAUUCUGGUGAAGGCUAGCUUUAAUGGGGUGUCACAUGAAAACCGACCCAUAACUCAGUAUGGUUAGCAGUGCUGAAUGGUGGUGUGCACAGUGCACAUUGGGUAAGCUGUUUUUCAGCAUGCUGUGCCAACUGUUGGAGGGAUGAUAUAAUUGGGGUAGUUUGUAGAUGCUGUGGUUUAAAAAAAAAAAAAAAAAAAAAAAAAAAAGAAUAUCCAUAAACCUUAAAAA